AUGGGUAAUAAAAUGCUUUUAACAAAAAAGGAUAAAAAUGGAUUAAAGAAAGUAGUAUAUAUAUUUUUAAUAUUAAUACUUAUCUUCAGUGACCAAUGGUCAUUUCCUUUGGUUUAUUCUUUCUGUAUUAAUAAAAGAUCGUUUGUUUUAAAUUCAAUAGGAAAAAAUCAUAACGCACCGAAGUACAGAAUUCGAGAUAAUGGAAAGACUCUUUUAGAAAUUGGAAACAGCAUAAAGGAACAAAAUGUUUCAAAAGCUUUAGCUAAUUUGGAUGAACUUUUCUUAGCAGCACCUGAUGACAAAAAAUUAUCAAAAAAGAUGAGUAUGAUUUGUGGAAAUGUGUUAAAUUUAUGUGGACGAUUUAAUGAUAUUAAUAAUAUGAUAAAGGUUAUAGAGAAGAUGAAAAAUCAUAAUAUUGAAAUGCAAGAAAAUUCAUAUCUUGCUAUAUGUAAUUAUUAUAUAUCGAAUAAUUACAUUUAUGAAUAUAUUUUAACUAUAAAUAAAAUGAUAGAGAAGAAUAUUACCAUACGUGAAAGGUUUUAUAAAUAUAUAUUAGUACAUAUAUUAGACUUAUCAUUUGAAAAAAAUUAUGCAAGUCAAAGAAUGGAUUACAAUUUGAAAGAUAAAUAUACAAAAGACAGUCUUAUAAGCGGUAGAGAAAUUAAUCAUCCACAUAACAAUAUCCACAUGGAUAUAAAUAAUAAUGAAAGAAAUAAUUUAAUAAAAAAUAUAGAUUACAAUAAUUUUGAUAAAUACCAAAAUAUGUUAAAUAAAUAUGAUAUUACAUUGGAACAAGAAGAUCAAAAAUAUAUAUUGCACAACUAUUUACUUAUUGAUAUCUUCAAGCAUAUGAAUGAUAAUAAAAUAAAAAUUAAACUUAUAUAUUUAUUAAAGCUUAUUUAUUAUGUAUAUGAAAAUAUACAAUAUAUUAUAAGAAAAAAUAAAGCUAAUGAAAAGUUAAUAACAAAUUAUAAGGAACAAAAUAUAUCCAUAAAUGAUAACGAUCAAAGGAAUAUUGAAAAAUUAAAAGAUAAAAAUUUUACAAAUGAUAAACAUGAUGAAGAUGAGACCAUUGAUAGUAACGAUGAACAAAUAGACGAUAUGCAUAAACAAAAGAAUACAAAUAAAAAUAAAAAACUUUUUGUUUUAAAAGAUAUAUUAAUAGAACAAUUAAGAAAUAUUUUAGAGUUAUACAAAAUGAAUUAUGAAUCCAUGAAUAUAAAUAUAAAAAAAUAUGAAGAGACAUUAGAUGAAGAAGAGAGAAGAAGUAUAUAUUACAAUGUUAAUAAAAUUACAAAGAGGUUACCAUUUAUUAAAUUAACUGAAAAUAUAAAAAAUACUUAUAAUUGUAAAAAUUGUGAUGAAAAUAUUAAUACAUAUUUUCUGUCCUUAAAACAUAUAAUAAUUGUAAUUAUUAACAUAAUUAUGAUAACUCAUCAAUUUAAUAAUAAAGAAAUUUUAAAAAUUAAACACUUUUUUUCUAUUCUCAAUGGUCCAGUAGAUUACACCGAAGGGGAUAUGGAAAAAAAGGAAGAAACCGAGAAAAGCGGAGGAACUAAUCAAAAAAAUGUACAAGGUGGACAUAAUCUAAAAUGUGAACAUAGUGUACAAGACGAGCAUAAUGUAAAAUUUGAACAUAAUGUAAAAUUUGAACAUAAUGUACAAUUUGAACCGAAUGAACAAUUUGAACAUAAUGUACAAGAUGAUAAUAAUAUAACGAAUGGAAUGAAUGAAAAAAAAAAUUCAGAUAUAAUACCUAAUCAAGAACAAAUAAAUGGGAGCGAAAAAAACCAUACAUCCAACAUUAACGAAAUGAACAAAUUGUUCGAUAAAGGUAAUUAUACAUGUUUAUUAGAUGGGGCGAAUAUAGGAUAUAAUAAACAGAAUGUAGAAAAUGGACGAUUUAGCUUUUUACAAAUUGAAAUAUUAAAAGAAAUAAUAAAAAAGAAAAAUAAUGAGAAACCUUUAAUUAUACUUCCAAAAAUAUAUCAUUAUAAAAAUUCAUUAAAAUAUCUACAUUCAAAAGAAGAGAAAGCUAAUGAGUUCGAAUCAAGUGAUCAAAAUGAAAAAGAAGAAGAUAUUUUGAAAGACACACAUUUAAAAGGAAAAAAGAAUUCACAUAUAUUUAUACCAAAUAAAACUAUAAAAAUAAAAAAGACUAGUCCAUUUUUUUCAGAACCUAGGCAUUUCACAAGAAGAGAAAAGGAUAUUUCAAAUUAUGCAAAUGGUGGUAUGUCUAAUAAUAAAAAUGAUACAAGUUAUUCAGAAAAAAAUGAAUCAUAUGACAAUUCUCAUGAUGCUUUAUCUUAUAUAAAAAGAAUAUUUAAUAGAUUAGAUAGUACUGAUGUAGAUAUAAUAAAGAAAUGGGAAAAAGAAAAAUGUUUAUAUAUAUGUAAUUAUAAUAUGUAUGAUGAUUAUUAUUAUAUAUUAGGAAGUUUAGCAAAAAGUAAUAAUUAUUUUAAUAUAUAUUAUUAUAUAGAUGAAUUAUCUAAACAUUUUCAUAAAUAUCAAACAUUGAAUCAUAAUAUUAUUAUAGACAAUUAUAAUAUUAUGGAUAAUAAUUUAGUUUACAAUAACAGAGAAGUAUUAUAUGUACAUAAUAAUGUGAUUUAUGAUAAGAAUAGUGAUAUUAUGGUUUUAGUAAGUGAAGAAAAUAUGAACCGAGAAAACAAAUAUAUAUCUAUGAAUGAACAAUAUUAUAAUGAUAAAAUUAAAAAAAAUAAUGCUAAUGUAAAAUUAUUUGAACAAUAUAAAAAUAAUAUGAAAUUUUUAGAUAAAGAAAUUAUUAAAUAUAAUAAUGAUAUUUUUAUGGAUACAUUUAUGUAUGAUAUGGAUAGUGGACAACAUAUAUUGGUUAACCCGCAUGAAGGUAAUAAAGAAAGGGUAAGUCAACAACAAAGUGUUUGUAACAAUAAUGAUGUAUUAAAGAAUAAAGAAAAUACAUUAGAUAAUAAUGAUAAUUUAUUAAUUAAAAAUAAGAAAUCCUUAAAGGAUAUUAUAAGUGAAUCUACAGAACAGAAAAAUAACCCUGAAAAGGAAAAAAGUAAAAAAAAUAAAAAUAAUAAUAAUAAUAAUAAUAUGAAGAAUAAUAAUAAUACAUUUUAUUAUAGUAACAUAUAUAUAAAAUGUGUUACACAUAUGAAAAGUGUUCAAAAACCUAUAUAUAUUUAUACGAAUGAUAAAAUGAAAAAUCAUUAUUUUAAUGAAUAUACAAAUUAUAUAUUAAAGAAAUGGAAGAAAAAAAGUUUUAUCUCCUUUUAUUUCAAACAACCUGUUAUUUUAUCUGAAAUAAAAGAACAAGCAGGGAAUAAUGCUAUAGAUGUCGAAAAUAUACUACAAAAUUACAGGUUACCGUUUGUUAAUCUAGAGAACUUUAAAUUAUAUAUAGAUGAUAUUGUAUCAUAUAAACAGAAAAAUGUAUAUCACAUAAAAAUUAAUACACCAUACAAAACAUUCAUGUCUUAUCAAAAGGAUCAUUUCCCAUAUAUGUCUCAUAAUAAUAUUGUAAAAUAUUUAUGUAUAGAUUUUUCAAAAAUAUAA